AUGAUACGGGAACUGUCUUUGGUGAUUUUUCUAGUGUGUGUACACACUUGUUCAUCGUUGGAUGAAAAUAGGAGAAAACUUUCAACUCAUGAAAGAAUACGCGCAGAUGGUUACCCAUCACAAUACUUUGAUCUGAUCACAUCAGAUGGUUACAUUCUUCAAGUGAACAGAAUUCCGCGGGGCAGAAGAGAUUUCUUUGACUUCCGUCGCCGUCCCAUAGUCUUCCUCCAACAUGGAUUGCAAAGUUCUGCAAACGCCUUCCUUGGAAUUGAUGUUGAUACCAGUCUUGCUUACAACCUCGCUGACCGCGGUUUCGAUGUCUGGUUGGGAAAUUCCAGAGGUGUAGAGAACUCGCGUCGCCAUCUCUUUUUGGACCCCGAUAGCGAUUCAACAAAACGCCAAUUCUGGGAUUUUACAUUUGAAGAAAUCGCCCUGAUUGAUCUUCCACGUAUGAUAGACUUUGCUUUAUCCCACACUGGACAGGACAAACUCCACUACGUUGGCCAUUCGCAAGGCGGCACUGUUUUCUUAAUUUUGAACUCAAGGAAACCGGAAUAUAACAAAAAGUUCAUAUCGGCACACUUGCUGGCAGGAGUUGGAUAUCAGGAUCAUUUCCCGAGCUGGCUAAUAGGUCGAGCUGCCGCCAGGUCUGACGUGAUUCGAGCUCUAACUUACUUGUUAGGCUACGUGGAAAUCUUGGGACCGUCCGACGAUGGAAAAUCAAAUCUUGGUGAACUAGUCAACGCGGCGUCAACCAGUGACAUUCAGCCCAAAAACGCUUUGUGGGACUUGAUAUCGAUAAUCAAACAAGCUAUGGACGAGAUGUCUCGCGCAAAGGCCGGUAUUAACGGAGCUGCCGUGAAGCAAUACGCCCACUACGGACAGAACAUUCGCGACAAAUCGUUCAGGAGUUAUGACCAUGGCCUAUUGCAAAACCUUGUCCGAUACGGCAGUAUCACACCCCCAGAAUACGACCUAAGUAAGAUCGCAGUUGAUAUGACAAUGCAUUACACUCUUGGAGACAUUCUUCUUGAUGAGCAAGACGUGUUAGCGAUGGCAGAGGCUAUACCAAACUGCAAAGUCCGAAGGGUCGCCCGUGAAGAUUUCUCACACACAGAUUUCGUUAGGGCUAGAGACUCGAAGGAAUUGGUGUACGAAUAUGUCAUCGACGAUUUGAAACGGCGCAAAUAA